AUGCACGUACGAACGAACAUAAAGCGGGACCCGCUGUGCCCGAUCGUGCGGAAAGCCGCGCAGCAAUGGACCGAGGAAGAUGAGAACCCGCCUAGAGCGACAAUGGCGCACUUGCUUAGCGGCGCCUGCCCGGGGAAUAGGGAGCAGGCCAGAUGGUUCCUCAGAGUAGCGCGAGCGCAGACGGGGACGGCGAUCAGCAAAGUAGCGCAGGCGGCACCCGACUCCAAGGAUACGCUGAAGACGCUGAGAAUAGCGCAUGUCGCUGCGCUGAAGGGCUCACGCUAUAGGGCGCUGGAUGAGGACGGGUACGAUGCACUAGCACCAGCCGUCGGGGGGGUGUUGCCGGCGCUGGUAGAUGAUCUCCCGGAGAAGAGUCGGAGGGACCUUGGCGCCGGGGUCACGAGGAACUUGCAAGUCGUGGCCGAGGCGGCGACGGGAGCGGUGCAGAGGUGGAUCCAGCUCAAUGAUGAGGCUACGGCGCGCAUAAUGAAGAGAGAGGAACACAUCGAGUGGCUGAGGAAGCUCUUCGCUGGGCCAACAGCCAGUGGGACGAACGAGGGCCACGACGGCGGCUCAAGCGGGAGGGAGCGGAGACGGUGGGCAGAGAGCGAAGUGGGUGAGACUGAUGAUGCUCCUUCGACUUAG